AUGCCUACCUCCCCGGCCGCCUCCGCCGGAGCCGUCGCCUCCCCCUCCGGAUCCUCCCCGGCCUCCGCCGCCGCGUCGGCGGCCGACUCGGCCACCCCGUCCUGGUGGGAGUCCGUCUCCCAGGCGCGCUCCCGCAUCCUCGCGCUCGCCUCCAUCCUCCCACCCGAGGUCUCCCCCGGCGUGUCGGCUCUCGCGGACUCCGACCGCCCCGCCCGCGCCCUCCUCCGCUCCGCCGCCGCCUACGACGCCCUCUCCGGGGCGCUCCGCGCGGGGGGCGGCGCCGACGACCCCGCCUGCCACUGGCUCUACGACACGCUCCUCUCCCAGGACCCCGACCUCCGCCUCGCCGCGCUCGCCUUCCUCCCGCUCCUCUCGUCGCUCUACCUCCUCCGCCUGCCUCCCGCGCUCCCAUCCUCGCUAUCUGGCUUCGAGGCCGUCCUCCUCGCCGUCUACUCUUCCGAGGCCAAGAGCCGCCAGGGAAAGCCCGUGCUUGUCCAUGUCCCCGACCUCUCCGUCCCCUCCCUGUACCACACUCCGCAGUCCAGCCCCAGCUCGAGAUCGCCUCGCCGGCCGCACCCGCCGCCGAUCCCCCCUCCUCCCGCAAAUGUGGUGGUGGGCGUGCUGUCGCCGCCGCUGGAGCCACAGGCUGCAGUGAAGUCGACCAAGCGCGCGGGGAUUAUAGGGGUCGCCUUUGAGGCGUACUACGCCAAGAUCGCCCAGAUGCCCCCUGCAUCCAAGGUGGAUGCCUGCAAUGCGGUGGCUGCCUGGGCGGGGCAGUACUGCAGAUGCCGUUUUGAGCUUGAUGAAGAGUUGGAGGUGGAGGAAGGGGAUUCUCUGGGCUCCAUGUCGCCAUUGUCCACCGAUGCUGAGAAUGGGAAUGGGAAAGCCCUGGAGGAAGAAUUGGCAAAGCUGAGUGUCAAUGGAGACAGCAGUGGACGGAAUUGUGGUAAGGAGGAGGAGGUAAGGGAGGCAAGGGUGCAGCUACCGUGGGAGUUUCUGCAGCCAGUGAUGAGGGUUCUUGGGCACUGCUUGCUCGCGCCACUGAACCCAAUGGAGGUGCGGGAUGCCGCCGCAGAAGCUGUGCGGGUUGUCUAUGCCCGUGCAUGUCAUGACCUUGUGCCACAGGCAAUUCUGGCAGCCCGGAGCUUGAUUGAGCUUGACAAAAGCGCCCGCAAGGCUGCCAAGGCAGCAGCUGUAGCGGCCUCCGGAAUAAUGGUAGCCUCUGGCACAGCUGGAAGCACCGCAUCGAGCUCCAGACCAAGUUCCAAGCCAAACACGCCGAGCAAGCAACGCAAACCUGACAUGCUGCUUGUGUCCAAAUGA